AUGUGGAGGUUGUACCAAGUCUCGGCACCGGAGACAGCGGCUCCAGCGGCGUUCACCGAGCUCCCCGUGCUCUCCCGCCUUUUCUCCCGCUCUGGAAUGUCGAGCAGCGGCAUGAGCUCGUCCUCUCGGAAGGAGUUCGACGUGAAGCAGAUCCUCCGGAUCCGAUGGAGGUGGUUCGGCCACAGCGCCCUGUCUCCCACCCACUCCCCGCCUCUUGAUCACUUCAGCGGGCGCAGAAGGAGCGGUGGCCCCGCAGACAGAGCGUCUAUGAGCGGCUGUGGCAGCUCUGGCAGUGGCAGCAGCUCCAGUCCGAGCUCCAGUGCUCUGGUCAGCAGCGGCAGCGCCUCUGCUCUGUGCCACGGGAGCAGUCUCACAAAGUUUGGACACGCUUCGGGGAGUCGCGCCUGUCCCCGCUCCCUGAGCCAGCCCGAGUGUAGGAGCUCCACCGCGGCUCUGUCCUGGGACUCUCCGCCACACCGACGCCCUCGUCCGCUCUCGUGCAUGGAGGCAUCCAUAUAUGUCCCCCCGGAGUCCCCCGCCCAGCCCGGACUGGACGAGGCAGAGGAACCGGGCACAGUUGCACCCACCGAAGACAACAACAACAAUCCCGCAGAAACGGACUCCAGCUCCUGCAGGACAUCCAACAGCAGUGUCACACUGUCCUCCUGUGUGUCCAUGGAGCCAUGUGCAUGUCCAGAGGAGUCCAUGUUCACUGCGCUGUCCCAUGCAGACAUCACCUUCCGCAAGAUGGAGGGGUACUUGCGCUCGCGGGAGCUCUGCGAUGUCACCCUGGUGGCAGGGGAGAGGCGGAUACCUGCACACAGACUCGUGCUUUCGUCCGUCUCUGACUACUUUGCUGCGAUGUUCACCAGUGACGUGCGGGAGGCCAAACAGGAUGAGGUGAAGCUGGAGGGGGUGGACCCAGAUGCAUUGUGGGUCCUGGUGCAAUAUGCUUACACAGGGCGUCUUGAACUCCGGGAGGACACGAUUGAAUCGCUCUUGUCGGCCUCGUGUUUGCUGCAGUUGUCGUCUGUGGUUCAGGCCUGCUGCUCUUUCCUCAUGAAGCAGCUCCAUCCAUCCAACUGUCUGGGGAUCCGCUCCUAUGCUGACGCUCAGGGCUGUCACGACCUCCACAAGGCUGCACAUAACUAUACCAUGGAACACUUUUUGGAGGUGGUGGGGGGGCAGGAGUUUCUGCUGCUGCCUGUGGAGGAGAUGGCGAGACUUCUUACUUCAGAUGACAUAAACGUGCCUGACGAGGAGACUGUGGUGAACUCACUUCUGACCUGGGUCCGUCAUGACAGCUCUAGCCGACAGCGCCAGCUCUCCUCUCUGCUGGCCAACAUCCGGCUGCCUCUGCUUCAGCCACAAUUUUUGGCAGAUUUGGAGUCAAACCCUCUGCUCCGGGACAGCGUGGAGAGUCAGCGUUUGUUGAUGGAAGGGAUGAAGUAUCACCUCCUACCUCAGAGAAGACCUUUGCUGCAAAGCUCCAGAACUCGCCCUCGCAAAGCCACUGUCGGGGCUAUGUUUGCAGUGGGGGGCAUGGAUGCCACAAAAGGUGCAACAAGCAUUGAGCAGUACUGUCUGCGGAGGAACACGUGGAGACAAGUCGCCACUAUGAGUGGUCGCAGACUGCAGUUUGGCGUCGCUGUGUUGGACGGUCGGCUGUAUGUGGUCGGGGGUCGAGACGGACUCAAGACUCUUAACACUGUAGAGUGCUACAACCCUCACAGCAAGACGUGGAGCGUCAUGCCUCCGAUGUCCACUCACAGACACGGCUUAGGUGUAGCUGUCUUAGAAGGCCCCCUGUAUGCUAUUGGAGGUCAUGAUGGCUGGAGCUACUUGAGCACAGUGGAGAGAUGGGAUCCUCAAGCUCGACAAUGGAGCUUUGUUGCAAGUAUGUCUACUCCCCGGAGUACUGUAGGGGUAGCAGUUCUGAAUGGCAAGUUGUAUGCAGUGGGUGGUCGUGACGGUUCGUCCUGUCUGCGCUCAGUUGAAUGCUUUGACCCUCACACCAAUAGGUGGACUACUUGUGCACCCAUGGCUAAACGGCGAGGGGGAGUGGGCGUGGCCACAUGGCACGGUUUUCUUUAUGCCAUAGGUGGCCAUGAUGCUCCUGCUUCAUCUUUGGCCUCAAGACUCAGUGACUGUGUAGAAAGGUAUGAUCCUCAAACUGAUAUGUGGACGGCUGUGGCCCCUAUGAGCAUCAGCAGAGACGCAGUUGGUGUAUGUCUCCUUGGAGACCGGCUCUUUGCUGUUGGUGGCUACGAUGGACAGGUUUACCUAAAUACUGUGGAAGCUUAUGAUCCUCAGACAAACGAAUGGACGCAGGUGGCCCCUCUUUGUCUCGGGAGAGCUGGUGUCUGUGUGGUGACAGUCAAACUCUGA